AUUUGGUUUGGGCUGAGUAAUGGUAUAACACUGCUUAUCACGCAUAUGCGGGAAUGACUCCAUUUCUUGCACUUUAUGGACGAGAUCCCCCUACGAUUCUCUCGUAUUUGGAAGGUAGCGCUUCGAAUACUCAAGUCGAUCAAGCCUUGCAGGAUAGAGAUGAACUCCUUUGUGUGUUGAAGCACAAUUUGGUUCAAGCACAAGGCCGCAAGAAGAAUCAAGCCGACAAACAUCGUCGUGAGUUAGAAUUCGAAGAAGGUGCAUGGGUCUAUGUGCGGUUCCAACCUUAUCGGCAAUUGUCCUUACGCCUAAGGAAACACGACAAACUUGGCCCAAGGCUAUGCAAGGGUCAAUCGCUGCAACAAAUCACUCCACUGCCAUUGCUGUGCACGGAUGUCUUACCAUUGUCUGAAGCUGUCAACCUUGAGGACAAGCUCAUUCUUUCAGGAGGGGGACCUGUUAUAGAAGGGACUAAGACUAUGCCAAGGGGUGUUGAGGAUAUACUUGGAGAUGGGAGUAACAACUCAACAGCAUUUAGUAAGACCACCCCACGAAUUACGCAGGAGCACAAGAGAAAGGAAGGCACCUGA